CCUUGCCCCGCCUGUUCUUGACUGCAGUCCGCUUCACGCCUCUACAGUAAGUACAUACAUUACCCGGGACUAUAUCUCAGUAUAUCACAGACCCGGCAAUAAUUCUCAGCAAGCAAGAUUAGAAGAUGACUAUCCUACGAGCCCCUAAUCGCCAAACAACCGACGGCAAGGAGCCAGCCGUCUUGCUGGAGAAAAGGAAAUUCACGGUGGAUGCGAAUGUCCCCAUUAAUCCUGUUCUAGUGACUUCAGAGCAUGCGCACCGCGCUACCGGGCUAGUCGCUAUCGAUGACGAAGGUGUCAAAACAGCAGCACGCCACAUAGGCAAAAGACUCGAGGUCGAGUCAUACACACCACGCACAUGGAGAAGCCAUGCUCUCCACGUAUGCCCUCCGGAACCGUAUGAUCCGUCUCAUCCAGAGACGCGACGGUCGUUCGACUGGAUCUUUCUCAUCUCCUCGCUCAACUUUAGCUUCUGGUCAGAGUACGAGGGCACCCCGUACCGCUAUGGUGUUGAGUGGAGGGAAGGCUGGGGUUCCGAGAAGGCAGUCGUGCACACAGGCUACUGGUCCCUCGUUGCUGCCAUUGACAGAGCGCUUGAGGAAGGGAUCCCCAUCACGGACCCCGCGUUCUAUGCGUCCGAAGUUAGUUGCCCAGACUCAACGGUCUCACACGUCUUUCGCGCCGCGCCGCAGUCCGGGGAGGUCAUCCCAUUACUCACUGAGCGCAUCGCCAUUCUGCGGCAGAAUGGGGAGAUACUGUGCAAGCAUUUUGGCGGAUCAUUCCAAGGGCUCUACGAGGCGUUCAUGGAGAGGACGAACGGGCGAGGAACCGCGCUCCAGCUCGUAAGGAUGGUUGCAGACACGUUUCCGUCCUUCCAAGACGAGACCGUGUACAAUGGUCAGCGAGUCUAUUUCUGGAAGCGUGCUCAGAUUCUGGUCGCCGAGACGUGGGCGGCCUUCUACCCGCCGACGCCCGCAGAGCCACACCCCCUCUUCCCAGGCCCCGCUGGCCCUGCCAUGCAUCAACUCACGAUGUUCGCAGACUACCGCGUCCCACAGAUCCUGCACCACCUGAAGAUCCUCGUCUACCCGCCUGAGCUGACCGAGCUGCUGCGUUCACACGCAGACCUGCCUUCGGGAUCCCGAGAAGAAGUGAGCAUCCGCGCCGCGAGCAUCCUCUCCGUCGAGCGUGUGCGCCAGGAGAUGCUCAACGUCCAAAAGGAUGGUGGCGAAGAGAUCAGUAGCGUCCUCAUCGACUUCUACUUGUGGGACCUCGCAAAAAAGAUCGAGGGCGGGACAGACUGCAUCAAGGGCAUGCAGACGAACGAGAUCCUACCCGCGCAUCGUACACGGAGUAUUUGGUAUUAGAGGCAGGGAUCUAUUAUAUACAAGCAGGAUACGUUAAUGUGCUUUUGAAGUGGCCGCCACACCCACUGAAAACGUAUGGCUUAACCCUUGAGAUUCUUGAAAUUGCGCUUCUCAGGCUCGACAUACUCCAGGCCAAGCUCAUGCACAAUUUCAUCUUCCGUUGCUGAAGGCAGAAGCUCCCAAUGACCCUUCUCAGCGGUCUCGGCAGAUUCGUCCUCUGUGCUCUCAGCACUCUCCGCGCUAGCGUCCGAUAAUGGGUGGAAGCGCCAAAGACCGAACUGGUUGAGAAGCAGGCCUUGUUGUUGCGCAGCUGUCGAUAGGUAUCUAACGUAUGUGAUAUCGCCCGUUGAAAAGAGGAGAGCCGCGCCUUGGGACUUAGCUGAGACAGGCCUGAAACGUUAUGAG